AUGCCAAGCAAGCAAACGAACGAUGUGCUAGCCGUGGAAGAGCUGGUGCACGAAAUCCGUGAAAAUCUCCGCCUGAAAGCCAAACCCGCCCAUCAGCCAACGCGUAACUCGCGACCCUCGCCCUACCACAUACCGUGCCGAUCGUGGUCCGAGCCGGUAUGCGGCGGCAAUGGCGACAAGCGACCCAUCCGAUCCUGCAAGAAGCAGCAGCAGGAGGAGGAAACGAUAGACGAUCCGUACGAGUUCCUCCAGACGCUGCUGAAGAACAACAGCCUGGUGAAGGAGGCGGUCCGGAGGCUGCAGCACGGUCUGUCCCCCAAGCAGCGGUACUUCUACGAGAGCGACGAGGAGUCGUCCCGGUCGCCGAUCGUGAUGAUGUGUCCGCUAGAGUCCUAA